AACUUGUAAACAGGACUGAAACAUACACAUCGACAGCAUUCAUCAACCUUCAAAUUUCUUGCGCGUUAAUCUAAUAUUUUACGAUUACAUUUGUAAAUAGAGUUAUAAAAAAAUUGCUUUUUAUAAAUGAAAAUGUCCAUCAUAUGUGACAUGAAAAUGUGUAUAAUAAUUUAAUAUUGUUCAUACCAUAUAUUCAGUACAUAACAUAGUUAUGUUAUAUGAUUAUUAUAAAUCUGAUAAGUAUAAUCAUGCACGUGACAGUAUUUCAAGCCUUAAAAUGUUCAACUAUAUAGAAUCACGAAUAAAUUGGCGUAGUUAUUCAUAUUUUAAAAUAGUUAAAACUCUAGCAUAAAAGAUAUUUCGAUAUUAAAGUUGUUUCUUUAAAAAUGGUUAUAAAUUUUUACUCUGUUUAGGUUAUGAGUGGGCAUAGGACUAUAAAUAUUAUUUUUAAAAAGAUAAAUGAUAUCAAAACUCAAUUAUUUUCACCAAAAUAUUUACUUUAUACAAAUGUAGCUAUAUCUAUUUCUCUUUCUGCUACGGGAGAUGUAUUGGAACAACAUUAUGAAAUAUUAAAGGGUGAGUGGGAUAAAUUUAGUACAAAGAGAACUAAAAACAUGGCUAUAUCUGGUAUGUCGGUUGGUAUAAUAUGUCAUUAUUGGUACAAAUAUUUAGAUGUCAAAUUACCAGGGCGUACAAUUGACAUUGUUUUGAAAAAAGUUGUUAUUGACCAAUUAAUUUGUUCUCCACUUUAUAUAACAAUGUUUUUCUUAACACUAGCCAUUUUAGAAAAAAAUAGUUGGUCUGAAUUAAAAAAUGAGAUUAUCAGCAAAGCUUAUAAAUUGUAUAUAGCUGAAUGGAUUAUUUGGCCCCCAGCACAAAUUUUUAAUUUCUAUUUCCUACCAACAAAAUAUAGAGUUCUUUAUGAUAAUACUAUAUCUCUUGGAUAUGAUGUUUAUACCAGUCAAGUGAAACAUGGUUGUUCAAAUUCCAAUUUAAAAAAUAGUUAAUAAAUUAGUAUUUCAAAUUUUAGAUAAGUAAUUCAUUUAACAGUUGUAAUUUAUAAAUAAAGGAUAUUUUAAUUAAAUUGUAAAAGUUUAUAAUGGAAAACCAAAUUUAAUGGAGGGGCUUUUUGUUAUACUUCUGUUUUGAGACGUUUUUGAAAGAAUAUUACAAAAUUAUAUGCUUAUUGUACAUAAUAUUUACAUAUAUUAUGCGAAAAGUUGUUAUAAAAAUGUUACAUUUAAAACAUUCCAUCAUGAAUACCUAUCGGUACCAGGACAGCAAUAAAUAAUAACAAAUUACGUGCGACUAAUUUCCAAUCAUUUGGA